ACUAUAUAAAAAGUAACAAAAUUUCAAAAUAGAACUAAAAUAUUAUUUUGAAAUUUUAUAUGAUUGUUUAAUGUUGAACAGUUAGAAUAACAUGUCUCGACAAAAUUCAGCCCGAGCUGAUGGAAAAAAAGUUAGUUCAGAAUUGUUCACAUUGACAUAUGGUGCACUAGUUGCCCAGCUUGUUAAAGAUUAUGAGAGUGAUGAUGCAGUCAAUAAGAAGUUAGAUCAAAUGGGUUAUAACAUUGGUGUGCGAUUAAUUGAAGACCUUAUUGCAAAAGGAAAUGUUGGAAGAUGUCACGACUUGAGAGAAACUGCUGAUAUUAUAGCCAAGUUGGGCUUCAGAAUGUUUCUUGGUGUCACUCCAGCAGUAACAAAGUGGAGCCCAGCUGCGGAUGAGUUUUCAUUGAUACUUGAAAACAACCCAUUGGCAGAAUUUGUAGAAUUACCAUCAGGUCAUGAUAAUCUGUAUUAUUCUAAUAUAUUAUGUGGAGUUCUCAGAGGUGCCUUAGAAAUGGUUCAAAUGGAAGUUGAAGUUAGUUUUCUUCAAGAUGCAUUACGUGGAGAUGAGACAACUGAACUAAGAGUAAAAUUCAUUAAAAAACUAGAAGAUGCUAUACCUGCAGGUGAAGAAUAACUCAAAUAAAACUACUUCUGAAAA